GGCGGUGUCUCGCGAGCGGCGGCCGCCUCCUCAGAGCUGCGGGUCGGCCCUGGAGCGAGCAGGCUCGCUCGGCUCUCGAGCUCUUCUUUUUCGGCAGCCCGGCCGGGCCGCCAUGGCGGCGCGGCGACGGCGGCCCGCGGCUGGCGCGGGGGCCCGGGACACGCUGACAUUGCUGGCGCUGGCCUUGUGCGCCCCCGGGGUGGGCGGCGGGGCGCUCGAGUGGUACUCGGCCAUGGUAGGCAUCGAGUACGUGGACCCGCUGUCGAACCAGACGGUGUGGAGCGUGUCCGAGAGCGGCCGCUUCGGCGACAGCUCGCCCAGGGAGGACAAGCAGGGCCUGGUGGGCAUCCCGCGCGCCCACGGGAACGAGGAGGGCUGCGCGCCCGACACGCGCUUCGUCGCGCCCGGCGGCCUGGGCGCCGCGCCCUGGGUCGCGCUGGUGGCCCGAGGCGGCUGCACCUUCAAGGACAAGGUGCUGGUGGCGGCGCGGAGGAACGCCUCGGCGGUGGUGGUCUACAACCAGAAAAACUAUGGGAACGCCACCGAGCCCAUGUCGCACGCGGGAACGGGAAAUACAGUUGUCAUUAUGAUUAGCUACCCAAAAGGACGAGAAAUUUUUGAUCUGGUGCAAAAAGGAAUUCCAGUAAAAAUGACCAUAGGGAUUGGUACCCGUCAUAUGCAAGAAUUCAUCAGUGGUCAGUCUGUGGUGUUUGUGGCCAUUGCCUUUAUCACGAUGAUGAUUAUCUCAUUAGCAUGGCUAAUAUUCUAUUACAUACAGCGUUUCCUAUAUGCUGGCUCACAGUUUGGAAGUCAGAAUCAUAGAAAGGAAACUAAGAAAGUUAUGGCCAGCUUCCACUACACACUGUAAAAGCAUGGAGAGAAGGGAAUUGAUGUUGAUGCCGAGAAUUGUGCAGUGUGCAUUGAAAACUUUAAAGUAAAGGAUGUUAUCAGAAUCCUGCCAUGCAAGCAUAUUUUUCAUAGAAUAUGCAGACCAUGGCUUUUGGAUCACCGAACGUGUCCAAUGUGUAAACUUGAUGUCAUCAAAGCCCUGGGAUACUGGGGGGACCCUGAGGAUAACAAGCCCAUUCCAGAAGCUGCCCCAGGAAGUGUUUCUGUUGGGAAUCUCAGUGUUGUGACAUCCCAAGAUGAGGACAGGAGGGCAGAAAGCAACCUUCCGUCAUCUUCCUCUAGUGACUCUGCACACCGCCCCUGUUUUAAAGAAGAUGCAGGGGAAGACACAGCGUUAUAG